GCCGCUCCUCCUCGUCCUGAUUCCCGAACCUCUCUCCCUUUGCCUUCUCAAGGGGACAAAAUUCGAUUGCAGGCGAUGGAACCCAUGGAAGAAAUCACCGUUCAAUCGGAAUCUACGGCGGCGAACCCGGUGGUGAUGCGAUUGAAGUGAGCGGAAGCUUAAAAACGCACUGCUUUUGAGUCUGUCGCAGUGAUCGGUUCGAAUUAGAAAAACGGAGGCUGAGGAACACCUGUAGACGUUGGGGUUUUUCGGGCUUUCGAUGAUCAUUGUUAACGGGCUCUAGUUGCUAGAUCGCCGAUCUUGGCUUCAUUUUGAGAAUCUGGCUUAGGGUGAAGGGGAGAGGAAAGUUUUGGUUUUUGACAUUUGAUCGCGACGGCCAUGCCGUUCCAGAUGAAGGUUCAACCGAUCGACGAGAGAGCAGCGGCAAGGAUCGACCCGGCCAAGCCCACCCCCAAGUCUCGAUUGAAGAGGCUCUUCGAACGGCAGUUCCCUGGCGUGAUGCGGAUCUCCGUGGCGGAUAAGCCCGGGGAUGGGAGGGAGAGGACGGACGACGGCGGUGAGGUGGAGCCGAGUUCCGUGUGCUUGGACAAGAUGGUAGUCAGCUUCAUGGAGGACGGGGGAAACGAGCGGCCGCCGCGUGGCCGAUGUUACUGCUUCAAUGGUAACUACGAGGAUAGCUCCGACGACGAAACUGAUUUCCGCGGUGGCGGCGGAGACUAUCCGGCCGAUGCUGCCGAAUUGAUCAAGGGAUUAAUCCUCUGCGCGAGCGUCGCUGAGAGGAAUCUUCUAGCAGACGCAUCAAAAAUCAUGGAGAAGGCAAAGAAUUCGAAGGGCAAGGAGGAAUGUCGGAGGAUCGUCGUCGAAGGUCUGCAAUCGCUCGGCUACGACGCUGCCAUUUGCAAAUCCAAGUGGGAUAAAAAUCCCUCCUUCCCUGCCGGAGAGUACGAUUACAUCGACGUGGUGAUCGACGGCAGCGAGCGCAUCUUGGUUGACGUCGACUUCCGGCCGGAGUUCGAGAUCGCCCGUUCGACCAAGUCGUACCGUGCGGUGCUCCACCAUCUCCCGCUCCUCUUCGUCGGCCGGCCCGACCGCCUGCAGCAUAUUGUCGCCGUCGUCUCGGAGGCGGCCAGGCAGAGCCUGAAGAAGAAAGACCUCCACGUCCCCCCUUGGCGGAAGCCCGACUACAUGCGUGCCAAGUGGAUCUCCUCCUACACCCGCAUGGCCAACUCCAGUCCCAAGCAUGAUCACGAGCCGGCCGUCGUCGGCGCGCCGGACAGCGUCUCCAUCCCACAACAAAGCACCGGAACGAAGCCGGCCGUUGACGCCUCCUCGAAAAACUGCGACGGGAGUGAACCCAUGGCAGCUCCGUGGGAACCGCCACCGGCGAGACCAAGGUCUGGCGUCAAGAUCAUCGCCGGCCUAACCGCGGUGCUUUGAAAAAAAAAACCAUCUUUUACCUUUUUUUUAUUUACUUCAACAAAGCCGGUGAUACAUGACGUCUUUUAAGAGUCUACCACCAGCCUUUGUAUAUUAUCUCCCCCCUUUUAUUUUUAACCCUUUCAUCGCGGGUUUAUUACUUUUGUAACUUGUGAAGGAGCUUUUGCCACCAUGAACAACAAAACAAGGCUUACGAGUAUGAAACAA